UAUCCCUUAUCAUCCACAGCGCUUAUGUACCUGCCGUAGGUUAAACCUCAGCCAGGAGUAACAUUGAAAUUUCGAAGCUUCCCAGGUAGUACUUCGAGUCAUCCAAUAUCAACCUCAAUUAUUGGCUGAGAUUACUCACACCUUAGGUUAGAAACACUGAAUCUUCCUGAAAGUCUCCCUUUCCUUUGCUCUCUUUAGAGAUACCUGCCUAGGCAAUAUGGAAUACCCAGACGUUCCCUCUCCAUCACCUCCAGCUACCCCCAUCGCGGAUAGACCAGCUUCGCCUGAAAUCCCGCUUACCAUGGCUGCCUCAGCUGUUCUCACGGCCUUGCCUCAGGAUGCAAGCGCGGCUCUUGCCAGUGCCGGUGAGUUUGAACAAGAGAAGAUACUCGUUCGGUUCAGGGCUGCCGGGUCUAUUCAUCAGAUCGAGCGCCCAGUGAGACGUAUAGGCGCGACACAAAAGUUCGAAGCUGUCGUGUCUCACCUGCGUAAAGCACUGCGACUCGAACCAACCCAGGGCCUAUUUCUCUACGUGAACAGCACCUUUGCCCCCGCUCUGGAUGAGAUUGUCGGCAACUUGCAUAGGUGCUUCAAGGAUUCAUCCGAUCAUUUGAUUGUAUUUUAUUCAAUCACACCUGCCUUUGGCUGAUUUAUGCAAUGUCUUGGGUCUUGGAAACAACACCACCCACCCACCUAUGGCUUUCCCCAUUCGCCUAUCAAUUUUGAUACAUCUAAACUAUUACAAUGCACGCAUACCCAUCUUAUUUUCAACGGGAAUUGGUAUAAUGCGGAUUUAACACAAGCGAGAAAAGGCUGAGUCAUAGCCCCUCAGUAUCUUUCACGAACGCGUCGAGCUCUUCCUUAGGGAUAGAAUAUGUA